AUGUCUUCACGUUAUCAAAAUGCUGGUGGAGGAGGUAAUUACAAUAAUAGACAAGGACCACACCAGAAAGUGUUAUGUGUAGCUGAAAAACCAGAGGCUGCCAAACAAAUUGCCACAAUUUUAAGUGCAGGAAAAUUUCAGAGGAGAGAAGGAAAAUCCAAGUUUAACAAGAUAUUUGAAUUUGAAUAUAGAAUGAAUGGUGUUGUUGUAACAAUGUCAGUCACAUCGGUUUUAGGUCAUUUGAUGGAGUUGGGUUUUGAUCCGAAAUUAAAAUCGUGGACAUCUUGUGAUCCGAUUACUUUGAUGGAUCCUGCAACACCUGUAUUUCGGAAUGUGCCAGAGAAGAAUUUAGAAAUUCAACAAAACCUAGAACAAGAAGCAAGAUAUGCCACAAAAUUAUUGCUGUGGCUCGAUUGUGAUAGAGAAGGAGAAAAUAUUGCAUUUGAAGUGAUUGAAGUUUGCAAGAAGGUAAAUCGAAGCCUUUCCAUUGAAAAUGAUUCAAUUCUCAGGGCAAGAUUUUCAGAGUUUACAGCUGCAGCAAUCAAUAGGGCAAUUAGAAAUUUGGAAAGACCAAAUGUAUUGGAUAGUAUGGCUGUAGAUACGAGACAGGAAUUGGAUUUGAGAAUUGGAGCCUCUUUUACUCGUUUUCAGUCACUCAGACUCAAAAAGAAGUUUCAAGGAAUUACAGCAGAUUAUAUUAGUUAUGGACCAUGCCAAUUUCCAACAUUGGGAUUUGUGGUAAAGAGAGAUUUAAUUAUCAAGAACUUUGAAUCGGAAUCAUUUUGGACUUUAAAUUGUACACACGAUAUGGGAGAGGAAGGCAAGGCUCAAUUUCUAUGGAAGAGAGGUAGGCUUUUUGACCAAUUGACUUGCUUGGUCAUUUACGAGUUGUGUGUUGAAGCUCAAAGGGCUAGAGUGGUCAAUGUGGAAAAAAAAAGAAGAUACAAAUACAGACCAGAUCCAUUGAAUACAAUUGAAUUGCAAAAAUUGGCAUCUCAGAAAUUGAAAAUGGGUUCACACGAAACUAUGAAGGUUGCUGAAUCAUUGUAUAAUAAGGGUUUUAUCAGUUAUCCUAGAACAGAAACUAACAAUUACAAUCAAUUCCAGGAUGAUGAUUUGAAACGACUUGUAAAUGAACACACAUCAAAUCCAACAUGGGGUGGUUAUGCUUCAGAUCUAUUGAAUGGAGGUUAUCAAAAGCCACCUAGUGGAAAGCAAGAUGAUAAGGCGCAUCCUCCAAUUCACCCUCUCAAAGGUGAUUGUAAUUCCAAUGAUUCAAAGGAACAAGCUCUCUAUGAAUUGAUUGCAAGACACUUUUUAGCAUGUUGUUCAAAGGAUGCUGUCGGUGCCGAGACUAAGGUUAUCAUUUCAAUUGCCAACGAAGAGUUUACUUGCUCUGGAUUGAUGGUUGAACAAAAGAACUUUUUGGAAAUUUGGAAGUAUGAUAGAUGGUCGGAUAAGAGUAUUCCAGUUUUCAAUGCAGGUCAAGAGUUUAUCCCAACCUCAUUAUUGAUGGAUCAUGGUGAAACUCGUCCACCUCCUCAUCUUUCUGAAUCAGAUUUGAUUUCUGCUAUGGAUUCUAAUGGUAUCGGUACUGAUGCCACUGUUGCUCAACACAUUAAAACCAUCCAGGAGAGAGGCUAUGUCAUCAAGAAAGGAAAUAGAUUUGAAGCCACCAACUUGGGAAUGGCACUCUUGCAAGGAUAUGAUCUCAUUGGAUACGAAUUAUCAACUCCUAAUUUGAGAUCAAAGAUGGAAAAGGAUAUGCUUAGUAUUUCAAAAGGAGAACAAUCCAAGGAAGCAGUCAUUCACCAAAGCUUGUCCAUGUACAAACAUGUAUAUAUUCAAAUUUGUAAAUCAGCUUAUUUAUUGGAUAAGGCGGUACAACAACAUUUUCCAACUCUUGGUGAAGGACAGAGCAGAGUUUUAGGAAGAGGAUUUUCACUAUGUUCCUGUAAGAAUCCAAUGGACUUGAAGGAGCAGGAUGGAAAUAAUUUCCUUCAUUGUAAAAAUUGUAGUGAUUCAUAUCCUCUUCCUUCUAAAUCAGAAUAUGAAAGUAUUGAAGAUGUUUGCCCAAUUUGUAAUUUCCAGAUACUUAACAUUAUCACACAAAAGAACACUUCAUACAAGCUGUGUCCUCACUGUUUCAAUAAUCCCCCAGAAAUUGAAAAUUCAAAUGAAUCUUUUGCUAAUGGAUUCAAAUGCUUUAACUGUACAUUUACUGGUUGUAAAUAUUCGAGAAAGAAGGAUGCCGUAGUAAGGAAAUGUCAGAAAUGUUCCAACAAUUUAGUAGUAAGGCAACGAAAGAAUGAUACCUCCCUUUAUAUUGGAUGUAAGGGGUUCCCAAAUUGUAAAUCUGCAGUGUGGCUUCCAAAGUCAAUCGAAAAGGCUGAUUUGACAACUGAAAAGUGCAACAGGUGUAGUACUCGUUCGGAUACUGUGUAUAGAUUGAAAUUUACAUUUGCCCAAGGAACACUUCUACCUCCAGGUGUUAAUAGAGAACAUACAACUUGUGUAUUUUGUGAUCAGGACUUUGAUGAGGCUUUCAAUAUUAAUUUGAAUUCCCUUAAUGGUGAUUCAGGUGGUGCUUCUUCCCAUGGAGUGCUUGUACACAACUCUACAUCGAAUAAUAGAAACAUGCCAAAUAGAAGUCCAACAAUUGCUGGUGGUGGUUAUGGAAAUAGAACAAGUCCAGUUGGGGCAACAGGGAGAAAUAUUGCUGCAAGACAGAAUAAUACACCACCACCUAAUCAAAUGACUUUGGAUAGAAUGUUGGGCAAGAGAACAAGAGUUGAUAAUAAUAAUGGAAAUAAUAAUAGCAACCCACCUCCUCAAAAUUCUUACCAAAGAAACAAUACAUCUCCAAGAAAUCAAUUCGGAAACAAUCAUGGCGGUAGUGGAUCUGGUGAUGUUGUAUGUACAAAUUGUAGCUCUGCACCAGAAAUUUUCACUUGUAAGCAGGGAGAAAACCAAGGGAGACAAUUUUACAAAUGUCCAAAUAAGGAUAAGGACGAGGCUUGUAAAAAGUUUUUCAAAUGGGUUGAUUAAUUUAUUUCAAUACGAACCUAUUGUUUCACAUUGUCUUAAUACCUUCUUGAAAGUGUUUACAAAUAACCCAGACAAUUAUAAUGCAAUUUAAUCAAACCACCGUGAAAUUAGAACUUUGAUCAGAAACAACGAGUAGAAAAAAUGUCAUCAUGUACACAAUUCACAUCACUUCCCUAUGAAAUUCUUCUUCAUAUUUUAUCGUUCGGCGUUGAUAAAUGCUCAUUAAAUCACAAAGUUAUUC